AAUUCCCCUGUUUUCCAGAACAGAGGAGGUCAUUGAAGAUGGGCAUGAAGAGCUCCAACAGAAUUUCUGCUCUACUAUGGGCAGACAUAUUGGUGGCAUUUGCAUUGUUUGUGAUGCAGGACUAUUUGACAGAUGUUUGGAACCUAAGCUUCACUCAUGCCGCUGGAAUCUUGAAUAUCUGGAAUGGAAUAUCCCUUGUGUUGCAGCCUUUCUUCCUCAUCCUCGUCGACUCCGUGCUAGGAAAUUUCGCGAUGCUCGUUGUCUCCAGCACGGCCUACAGUGUGGGGAUCGGUUUGGUAACAAUGUCAACUCCGCCCGUUCUGGGCACGUGCAACCGAUACGAGGAGCAAUGCGUCGGCCACACGCAGAAAGUUCUCUUCUACACAGGCAUGGCUCUGAUAGCUGUGGGAGUAGCCGGUAACAACGUAUCAGUAAAACCUUUUCUUGAAGAGCAGGAAGAAACAGGGGAGGGGCAGGGGCCGAACCUGUGUUUAAAAAUAGCAGGCGCGGUGUUUGUGGUGGUUGUGGCGUUGACCGGAGCCAUUGCGCUUCCCUACAUAAAACCAUGGACCCUCCGCUUUGGAAUCCCUGCAAUUUGUACGGUUGUAGCGACCGCGCUUUUCCUAACCGGUAUGUGCUCGUGCUGUUGGCAAUAUACCAUCAAUUGUGCGGAUAGGAGCCAGCUGAGGAGCUUAUGCAGAGUGCGCAUGAUACCGAUGCUGAUGACCUUCGUGUUCUGCGGCCUUGUCUCGUCGAUCGGGAAUACGUACUUUGUGGAGCAAGCCAAGAAUCUGGACCGGCAUCUGGGGAAAUGGAAUGUUCCCCCGCAGGUGCUGCUGCUGGUGCAGAAGGGCGUCAGCGCUGCGCUUGAACACGAAAAAGGCGAUGAAUCAGCAACAGCACCUGAUGGGGCGGGGGCCCAAUCUAGAGAAAAUCAGUCAAGGAUCAUAACAACGCCUGGUAAAGGGGUUGUUAUUGCUGUGUCGUCUGCGAUCCUGUGCUGCAUAACUGCGGCCAGGAUGGAGUUUAAGAGGCUUGGCGUUGUCGAGAGGCGUGGUUUGUUGGAUGAUGAUGAUGCGGAUGUUCCGAUGAGUAUAUUCUGGCUGAUUUUCCAGUUCGUUUUGCUGGGGUGCCUGGAUAAGGUGUUGGAGAAGACUGUGGCCAAAUUCAACGAGGCGGAGUUUGACGACGACGAGAAUGAGGGAAGAUACGCGGAUAAUCUGGCGAAAGGGGUGUCGGGAUUGGGAUACAUGUGCGGUGUGCUAUCGGUUUAUGUGGUGGGAGAAGUGAGUGGAAGAGGAGGGCAUCGGAGCUGGUUUCAGGACACGUUGAACACGAGCCGUUUGGACCGGUAUUACUGGGUGCUCGCGGCUCUAGGGAGUGUCAUUCUAGUCCUAUACUCUCUCCUAUCAUGUUUUAAUCGCCAGCAUUUUCCUUAAAUUGAUUCUCUGUUUUUCCAUUUUUUUUUUACUUGGAGUGUUUCAAUCUUUCAUUAAGUGUAAGUAAGGUGGAAAAAAGAAAGAUUAUGUGAAUCCUAUCCAGAAAAUGUCUGAAUUUGGCAA